CGUGGGGGUCGGUGGCUGCUGGGCGGGCAGGCAGCAGGCCGCGGGGCCCAAGCCGGGGGAAGCUAGCGAGCGGAGGCGCGGAGGAGCCGUUUCACUCGCUGGGGGGACCUAUGGGCCGAAGCCGUGUAAAUGCGUUUUAAGCAGGGGCCUCGGCUCCGCAACUGCCACUCCUCCUCGGGGUGCUGCACAAGUUUCGAGGUCACCGGCGACCCCCCCUAGCAGCGCGCCUGACUCUGGCCCCGGCGAAGGAGCACGGGGCUUGCAGUGUGUUGCAUACUUUGUAAGGCGCCGGAGGCAGCGGCAGCUCCAUCCAGCCCAUCGGCUCCUCCUCAGCAUGGCUGGCUGCCUGAGUGAAGCGGACUUCGUGAUGGUGGAGGAGGGCUUCAGCACCCGAGACCUGCUGGAGCAGCUAACUCUGGGGGCCUCACAGGCCACCACGGAAGAGGUCGCUGCCUUCUUUGUGGCCGACCUGGGUGCUGUAGUGAGAAAGCACUUCUGCUUUCUGAAGUGCCUGCCGCGAGUCCGACCCUUUUACGCUGUCAAGUGCAACAGCAGCCCGGGCGUGCUGAAGGUCCUGGCCGAGCUAGGACUGGGCUUCAGCUGUGCCAACAAGGCAGAGAUGGAGUUGGUCCAGCAUAUUGGUGUCCCCGCCAGUAAGAUCAUCUACACCAACCCCUGUAAGCAAAUUGCACACAUCAAGUAUGCUGCCAAGCAUGGGGUCCGGCUGCUGAGCUUUGACAACGAGAUGGAGCUGGCAAAGGUGGUAAAAAGCCACCCCAGUGCCAAGAUGGUUCUGUGCAUUGCCACCGAGGACUCCCACUCCCGGAGCCGCCUGAGCCUCAAGUUCGGAGUGUCACUGAAAUCCUGCAGACACCUGCUUGAAGAUGCCAAGAGGAACCAUGUAGAGGUGGUGGGUGUGAGUUUUCACAUUGGCAGUGGCUGUCCUGACCCUCAGGCCUACGCUCAGUCCAUCGCAGACGCCCGGCUUGUGUUUGAAAUGGGUGCUGAGCUGGGCCACAGGAUGCACAUCCUGGACCUUGGCGGCGGCUUCCCUGGAGUGGAGGGGGCCAAAGUGAGAUUCGAAGAGAUUUCUUCUGUGGUCAACUCAGCCUUGGACCUGUACUUCCCGGAGGGCUGUGGUGUGGACAUCCUUGCCAAGCUGGGGCGCUACUAUGUGACCUCGGCCUUCACCUUGGCAGUCAGCAUCAUCGCCAAGAAGGAGGUUCUUCUGGAACAGCCUGGCAGGGAGGAGGAAAACGGUUCCGCCCCCAAGACCAUCCUGUACCAACUCAGUGAGGGCGAGUAUGGAAUCUUCAACUCAGUCCUGUUUGACAACACCUGCCCUACCCCCAUCCUGCAGAAGAAACCAUCCACGGAGCAGCCCCUGUACAGCAGCAGCCUAUGGGGCCCAGUGAUCGAUGGCUGUGACUGCAUAGCUGAGGGCCUGUGGCUGCCACAACUACAUGUAGGGGACUGGCUGGUCUUUGAGAACAUGGGCGCCUACACUGUGGGGAUGGGUUCCCUCCUCGGGGGCACCCAGACCUGCCGCAUCACCUAUGCCAUGUCCCGGGUGGCCUGGGAAGCCCUGCGAGGGCAGCUGCUGCCUGCAGAACAGGACGAGGACACCGAGGGCACGUGCAAGCCUCUGUCCUGUGGCUGGGAGAUCACAGACACCUUGUGCAUGGGCCCUGUCUUCACCCCAGCGAGCAUCAUGUGAGCAGGGCCCGUGCCCCCACAUCCCCCCGGAGCACCCCAGCAGGGCCGCAGAGAUGCCUCCGGGAGCGGAGGGGAAGGUGGCAGUCAGGAGCACCCUUUGGCCAGGACUCCGGCGCUCGCUCUGCCGGCCCCACGCUUCCCCUGCAGUGUUUCUGCCCUGUAAAUAGGACCAGUCUUACGCUCCCUGUAGUUCAAGUAUGCAACAUAAAUCCUGUCCCUUCCAGCUGUGUCUGCCUCCUCUGCAGCGCCAGGGGCCUGGUCAGCCAGGUAUGGGGGUAUUCUUGGGGUCCCCCUUGGUCUCCUUCCCACCUUUGUAAAUAUGAAGCAAAUAAAUAUUUAGGUUAAUACACCAGUGGAACCCGGCGGUUCAAUCCACGAGCAGCCUGGGUGAGGCCAGGGCCGAGACUUCCCCACCCUACUAUGAUAACCCCAUGCCCUCUGCUUUGGUCCUGACCCACUGCAGUGUGGGCACCUCCCUCUGGCACCCAGCUUCUCUGACUCAUCUCUGUCAUCUUCACAAGCUUCCAUGCCUGGCUUCGUGAGGAAGGGGGAGCUGUCAGGGGCUGGGGUCAGGGUCACGAUUGUCUCUGUGCGGCACUGGGGCUGCAGCUCAUGGCUGGUGAGGGGCUUCUGUGUGAACCCAACAGCCAGCUUAAGUCCUGGCCCAAAGUGGGGAAAACUGAACAUUUGACACUGCUUUUGGAAAUUCAUACCAAAGAUAAAGAGCAAAGAGGUGGGGCCCUGGGAGGUUCAGAGGAGACCCCGUACCCUUCCUCUCCUUGUAGGUCAGCAAGGCAAUCAGAGUAAUGCAAAUAUGUGCUGGUUGGUUUUGGUUUUGCUUAUUCAGGCAGUAAUUGUUCGAACAUGGUUGGCCACAGACUGCUGCCACAUCCAGUGCCAACGGCUCUGAUGCUCAUGUCUCCUCAGACACUGGCAGUUCUCUUCAGGACUUCACAUUGCUAGGGUCUCAAGCUAUGCAACUGGGGUGUGCGAGCCGCUUAGCAAAGGAGUUCAGAUUUUAGAGUUCCCCCAGCUGCUACUGGUGACCCUAAAGAUUUUUCUUCUGCAAUUAAAAAAAAAUUGAGAUAUAAUUCACAUGCCUUAAAAUUCACCCUUUCAAAGUGUAGAAUUCGGUGGUUUUUAGUAUAUUCACAGAGUUUGUGCAAUCAUCACCACUACCUAAUUCUAGAACAUGUUCAUUACCUCAGAAAGAAACCCCAUAUCCACUAACAGUCACUCCCCAUUCUCCCCUCCCCCAGCCCUGGCACCCACAAAUCUAUUUUCCAUCUCUGUGGACUUGCCUGGUCUAGACAAUUCAUUGCGAUUGUUUCUAUACCUUCACUUGAGCUUCUCACUGGGUAAGCCUAGUACAAUGUGUGUUUUUUUUUCCCACACCACCAAGCAAUUCUCAGACACCAGCCGGGUGUCCUACAACUCCACUCAAUUCUGACACUACCUACCUAAGAGAUAGAAUCAGAUCACACAGG